AUGUCGGGCACACAGCAUCCACACGAGCCUCCGCCGUCCUACGAAGCAGCCACGGGCCCGUCAUCGUCUUCAGAGCCCACGCCAGGCCUAUCUCGUGUCUCCACGGACGGACCGGGCGCGCGCACAGAGCGCAAUGGCAUUCCCAUGGAGCGACGGCGUUCCAUGGAGGACGAGCUGCGCGAGCUCCCUCCCGGCUGGGUGCGCACCUUCGACCCCGAGUCGCACCACCAGUUCUUCGUCGACACCACGGCAGACCCGCCAAGAUCGAUAUGGACGCAUCCGUACGACGACGAGCAGUUCCUCAGCACGCUGAGCCCCGAGGAGCGCAAGAAGCACAGCCGCAUGAAGAGAACCGUCACCUUGCAGGACCUGGCUGCCGAGGACUCGGACGACGACGACGCCCAUGCACCACGCGCCGCGCGUGGCAAGAGCGCCGAGCCAGAACUCAAGGGCUUCCACAAGUUCUCCCGCAAGCUCAAGGACAAGGUCACCGGGUCCACGCACACGGAGCGCGAACAGCAACGCGUCCGCCGCGCAGAGCAGGAGCGUCAAGCCUACCAGGCACAUCUGCGUGCACGGCAAGCCCUCAUCCGCGCCAUGGAGACGGGCGAGCCCCAGUUCCUGUGCAAAGAUCACCAAGGCAAAGACGUCUACGUCACGCCGCCCAACGGGUAUGCGCCGCGGGGAGCAUACGGCUACAACCCGUACGGCAACCCCUAUGCUAGAGGAGCCUACGCCAACCCCAACGUGCGGUACAUGCGACCAGCGCAGCCGUACGGCAGACCUUACGGCUACGGAUACGGCGGCGGUGCUGGACUGCCCAUUGCUGCGGGCUUCCUUGGAGGUGCUCUUCUCGGCGGCGCGCUGUUCUAA